AUGUCCCUGGGCAACUGGGUUGUCAUCGCAAAGUCCUGCUUCUUCUCCAUGCGCGAGAUCGUCCUCGAGGACAUGCAGCCAGUUGUCUGGAUCAUCACGAUUCCCUUUGCGAUAUUGUGCCUCUUCUCAUUCUUCUUCCGGCUUUAUGCUCGCCGUUACGUUACGAACUCAUUUGGUGUUGACGACUGGCUCAUGUUCGUCGGACUAUUCAUAUGGAUCGUCCAACAAUACAUUGCCUGGAUGUGGACGAUACUUGGUGGCGGCCUGGGAUAUCUAUUCAUCGAGGAAUUCUGGUACCUUCUGCUGCAGUUCAUCAUCAAGCUGUCCUUCUUGUUCUUCUACAGGCGGACCCUCAACACCACAAUUGGGUUCCAACGUACACUCUACGUCGUCAUGGGCUUUGUCACCUGCCAAACCGUCGGAACCUGGGUCUUUUACGGCCUGCAGUGCAUUCCCAUACAAGCCUACUUUCAUCCCGAGCGCUAUCCAGACGUCCACUGCGUUGCCUCUGCUCUCUCUUACUACCUCCCCUCGGUUGCAAAUGUUCUGAUGGACGUCGUUAUAUACCUUAUCCCAGUUCCCAUUCCUUGGAGGCUCCAGGCCUCCAGACGUCGCCGCUUCGAACUAAUCGCUCUGUUCACCUUGGGUGGCGGUACCGUCAUCGUCUCUCUGCUCCGGUUCAUCGUCCUGUGGCAGCUUAGCAACACCCUAGACACGACCUACGUUUUCGGGUCAGUCACCAUCGUCACGUCGGUCGAGUUUGCCGCCGCAAUCAUCACAGCCAACACACCAGGCACGGCGGCCCUCUACCGCGACUGGAGAGGCAAGAAUCGUUCUGGCAGUACUUGGUCGCGACCCGAGGUCGAGUUAGGUAACGUCGCCACUGUUGGUUCCAUGCCGAACAAACAUAAGAUGGGGUUUUCAAAGCACACAAAGUCUCGUAUACGUACAGAGAGCGAGGAGGAUUUGAACGCGCCACGGGUAUUGAGGCACACGGGGACCUCGUCAAGGAAUGUGACGGUUGAGAGGAGUGUGGUCGUGACCCAUUCUUCACCUGUUCAAGCUGGCUUGGACAAAUCCAGCGCCCUGCCGGUACAGUACUACCAGUUCAAAUAG